ACCUUUUUUUUUAUACCACCUCUACUUGUUUAUACGAGUUGCAUACUGUACGUCAUGUCUGAGUCUGAAAAUCACACCAAACACGUUCUUCCUCAAGUAACUCAGAGUUCAGACCUCAUUGAUUAGCAAACAGGCAAACAUGCUCCUGCCUUUUAUGGACUGUGGUUUAAUAUUUAACAGAGUCCAACCUUCUGUGUGGAAAUCUUGACUAAAAUCCAGUCAGAUCAUCUGCUUAACAAUUUACAGACGGGUAUGUACUGGUCUGAUUUACAGAAAUUGUGGAACUGCAAAUAAAGAGGGAUGAUCAAGGAUUAUUUUUAAAGGUCGACUGCAAAUGUGGUAUUCUUUGUUGCUUUGAUUUGGAGUUCUGAAAGCUCUCGGUGGAAACUCACCCAGUAACUAGUAGUGUGUUGCAUGCUGUGCUCGUAUAUCAGAUCUUGCAAAUAGUGCUAAAUUCAGGUGUGAUCAAAAAAAAAAAUACAUAUGGAAUCGAGCGAGUGUGCUGAAUACUUCAACCAUGAAGUUGUGGGAGAGUUUGAACCCAAGAUGGCCAUCAAGAUCACCAUGACUGUACUCUAUGCUCUCAUUUUGUUGACUGGGAUCAUUGGGAACAGCAUUACUAUUAAAGUUACGCAGGUGCUACUGAAGAACGGUUACCUUCAGAAGAAUGUCACUGACCAUAUGGUAAGUUUGGCAUGCUCCGAUCUAUUGGUCCUGCUUCUUGGCAUGCCUGUUGAGCUUUACAGCGUUAUAUGGUACCCAUUCACAUCGGCUUCGGGGAACGCAAGCUGCAAAAUAUAUAACUUUCUUUUUGAAGCCUGUAGUUACGCCACCAUACUGAAUGUUGCAACUCUGAGCUUUGAAAGGUACAUUGCCAUCUGCCACCCUUUCAAGUACAAAUCCUUCUCAGGGUCCAGGACGGUCAAGCUCAUAUGCUUUGUCUGGCUCACAUCAGUCUGUGUGGCUCUGCCUCUGCUUUUCACAAUGGGCAUUGAAGAUCCCUUGGAGCCCUUUAAAAAACCUUCUGAUUUACCUGCAGAGAAGGACCUCGUCACUGAAAAUCCCUGCAUCAAAAAGUCGAAUUUUACCAUCUGUACCAACCUGAGCUCCAUGUGGCCAGUAUACCAGUCCAGCAUUUUCAGCGCUUUCAUCAUAUAUAUUGUGGUCUUGGUCUCUGUCACCUUCAUGUGCAGAGAGAUGACGAAGAUACUGAAGGGCAAUAGGAAUGAGCCGGUCAACACUAAGAAUGGAGAAAUCGACAUGGGGUUCCUACCCAAACAUGACAGCCCCCAAGUCAAAGCAUCCAGGAAGCAAACCAUCAUAUUUUUAGGGCUCAUCGUUGGGACCUUGGCAGGAUGCUGGAUGCCGAACCAAAUCCGAAGGAUCAUGAGCGCUGCAAGGCCCAAGACAGAAUGGACCAGGGCAUACUUCAGGGGAUACAUCACGCUGCUGCCCAUUGCUGACACCUUCUUUUACCUCAGCUCAGUAGUGAACCCGUUCCUGUACAACCUCUCCUCCAGGCAGUUCAGAGAGGUCUUUAUGCAGGUGUUGCGCUGUCGCCUGACCAUCGAGCACAUCAACAAGAGGACACUGCGGAGGCACAAGAACACCACUGUCCACUCCGCGCGCCCGCUGAUGCUGGCAUCCUUUAGACGCAGCCUUUCCUCCCACAAGAAACCCAAGGAGAGUACAUUCAUCACCUUUCAGAGCUCCACCACUGAAACCAGCACAGCGAGUCUCAAUCCUAGCUCUCCUGUUGAAAGUCCAGAGCUGGUCAAAAGUGAACAAACUGCAGAGAUGACACUACAGACAACACCUAAAAAAAACAGCCUUAAUGAAAGUUCUGUCUGAGCC